CAUAUAUAUAAGGACGAUAAUUAGGUGCUGUGCGCACAUAGGCUCUGGUUCUAACUUUAAUUGGACGUCUGGGAAAAUGUUUGCUGUUAUUUUUGCUUGUCUCUUUCUGGGAGCUUAUGGUGCCGUGCUUCACGCGCCAAUUGUCCCACCACCUCUACAGCAGGGCGGAGUAUCAUAUGAGCUGCCAUGGCCCUUCAUCAUGCCAGGAAGCAGGAUAGUGGGUGGAACAGCAGCUCCUGAAGGUCGAGUCCCGUACCAGGCGUCCUUGAGGAGUAUACUGAACGCUCACUUCUGUGGUGGAUCUAUUCUGAAUGAGAGGUGGAUUCUGACGGCUGCUCAUUGUACUGUUGGCCAAUCAAAAUACUCGAUGCUAGUAGUAGUGGGCACUACGAACCGGCUGAUUGGAGGAGACACCUACUCAGUAGACAGUAUCCUCAUCCAUGAGAAGUAUGACAGUUCUGAGAUCAAGAAUGACGUCAGCGUCAUCAAGGUCAGCAGAGAGAUCAAGUUCAGUGACGUGGUGAAGCCGAUUGAACUGCCAACUGAAGAUACUGGCGCUGGAGUAGACCUGUUCCUUAGUGGCUGGGGACGGCUUUCUUAUCCUGGCUCGCUGCCUGUUCAGCUGCAGAUGAUCAACCUGACCUCCGUGAGCGUGGAGCAAUGCCAGGCCGUCUACCAGAGCAUCAACCCAGUCUUCAGCUCACAGAUCUGUUCCCUCACCAAGUCUGGAGAAGGAGCUUGUCAUGGUGACUCCGGAGGCCCAUUGGUAGCUGAUGGCAAGGUGGUUGGCAUCGUAUCCUGGGGCAUGCCCUGCGCCCGCGGCUACCCAGACGUCUACACCAGAGUCUAUUCAUUCCUGGACUGGAUUCAACCCAAGAUUACCUUGGAAUAAUCAUUCCAGUCCGAGGUGCAAGGUGAAAAGGACUUAAAUGUAAUUAUCUUUAGGUCCUUUUUAAGUAUGUAUUAUCUGAUUCUUGUUAUGAUAUUAUGAAAAGUAAUGUUU